AGGUGUCAUUUAUGCCAGCUGUGCUAAAUGACACACAAAAGUCUCAGAUUUCCUUUGACAACAAUAAUGUAACCAUGAGAGCAGACUUGAAAAUUUCUUCACAUAUAUUUUUUAAAGUUUCUGGUUGAAUAGAAUAUAGAAUUUUUCUAGAAAUAAGAUUAAGAUUUUUCUAAAACAGCCCAAAGUUACAAAGCCAACUCUUUCCGCAUGACUGAAAAGCUACAAAUACAGUGAGUUAUUAGUCAGAGGUUUUAAUAAAUCAACCUAAAUUUAAUUAAAUUCCUCAUGUCUCCUUUGCUUGUUUUGAAGACAUAUUUUUAGUUUGAAUGCAACUCUUAUCAUAAUUUAAAAUACAGUUUUUAUCUUUAAAAAUGUUGUGCUACCUCCCUUCCAGACACUGCCUCUCUGAGUGCUGUGUUGUGUGAGAUUUUACAUUUCAAGAAAAAAAAUAAAUGCUCAACUGUAUGGAUUUUACUUGAAUGUAAACUAAGUUUGUGAUUUAAUUUUUCAUGAAGAGUGUGUUCAUCUCUAUCCUUAGCAUUUGGCUGGUUUUAUCGAUAUGAGGGGAAGCUGCCUUCACUGCGAAAGGUACAGUCUCUGGUUGUGUUGUGUGAAGUGGAUCUGAACAGUUUACCUUGAAAUCUGACAUUUAACUCAAAUGGUUGGAAAUGAGCAAGGAUGUUUUCUCAGAUUUUCUUGUGUUGGUGUUGCACCAGUUUGUGUUUGUAUUAUUUAGUUGGUAGUUGCUGUGUUUUAUUUUUAUUUAUUGCAUUUUGCGUUACCCAUCUGGUGAUGCCUCAGAAAGGAGAAAAGAAAAAGAAGAAAAAGAAAAUGUCCAACACAGACACACUGCAGGAGCAGCGAAAGAACAAGAAGGAGAUGGAGUUUGAGCUGAAACUUGCCAGAGAGAAGGAAGAAAUGCAAGAACGGGAGAAACAACUAAAGAUCAAUCGGCUGGUUCAGGAGGUCUCAGAGACUGAAAGGGAAGACCUGGAGGAGUCUGAGAAAGUGCAGCACUGGGUGGAGCGACUAUGUCAGACUCGGUUGGAGCAGAUCUCUUGUGUGGAGAAUGAAUCCCCAGAGCUCUCCCCACCUCGUUCUCCUGGCUCAGAGCCAAGGGUGAAGCAUUUUCCUGGUGGUUUCAACCUAGCAACCACUGAUCUGGAUGACAUAAACCUGGACGAGGUGGACCAGAGCCUGAGGGGGCCUCUUAAAAAACUAGUCCCGACUCAGCCCACCACAAACCAGCCUCCGCCUCCCUUGCCUCGCCCCCCACCCUCACCCAAACUGAAUCCAACAAUCCCUAAGUACUCCCCGCCCUUACCUCGAGUAUCCCCACAGCUCCGGCCUCCUUCUUCCCCCAGUCCUAGGAAGCCUCCAUCCUCUCCAUCCACUUUGACACACAGGGGGAACAAGCCUCGCGCACAUCCCCAACAUACACAACUGCGCCGCCCGUCUCCCUCCAACUACCCUCUGCCAUCUCAAACGUCAAGACCCCCAUCUUCCCCUCAACCCACGCCACACCCCCAUCCUCCGCCUCCCCCUCCUCCUCCGCCACCACCACCACCUCCUCCUCCGCCUCCUCCUCCACAGCACUCUGAAGAACGUGAAUACCGCCAGCAUCACCACCACCACCACCACCACUUCCAACAUCCUCCCAGCCCUCCCGAACACAGGAGUGAGUGGGAAACAGGUGGCUACCUCCCCAGAGGGGGGAUUUAUGCAUCUACCAGUGAAAUGUCUCACCCCUCAAGUCCAAAGGUGAUGAGAAACACCUCCCAUGUCAGCCAUAUUUCCAGUUCAAGCAGUCAGCUGCAGCUGGCUCCCAGUCCCCCUAACCAGAGGCGUCAGAUGGCUCCCGUCAUGUCAAAGCCCGUCAUGCUGCCUCAGUCGCAGGCUAACCGGCCAGAUCCGCUCCGACCUGCUGUCCGUUCUGAUGGCCUGCCUCCAGAAAUGCUUAAACGGAUGGUGCCUUUCAACUCGUCUUUCAAAUCAAACAACAAACAAGGAUUUCAGAAAUACGUGGACGACUUUGAUCCUUACUCCAUGUUCUCCUCAGACCAGGUAGAUGGGCGAGAUGUGAGACUGUUAAAAAUCAAAAAGGCCGGACAACUUGAACUUGCUCUGGAAGGGGGAGUUGACUCUCCUCUUGGAAAGUUGGUGGUGUCUUCAGUGUAUGAAGGCGGUGCAGCCGAUAAGCACGGAGGGGUUGUCCCUGGUGACGAACUCAUGGCGGUCAAUGGGAAGAUCCUGAUUGACGCUACUUUAGAAGAGGGACAAAACUCUCUGGCUCGGGCCUGGAACAGUGGAGGGGACUGGAUCGAUGUUGUGAUUGCUGUGUCCCCUCCAAAGGAUUAUGAAGAUGAAGUGACAUUCUUCUAAUACCACCAGCCAUUAAAACCAGAUUCAUUAGGAGGAACCUCUUCAACGAGAAGACUGAGAGGCUCUGUGCUUUUUCUGCUUUAUCUCGCUUUGGGACUGAGCCAAGCUGUUGUUCAGACUGACGCUGCAUCACUGAUAGCCAUCUUCACUGUCUUGUUUUGUCAAUGGAUGGUCCAAUCAAUAAUCAAAUUUCUCCCUUAGACCUCUUCCCUUCUGCAAAAACUGGAAAUAAUUGACUUCUAUUAUGCUAGCAUCAGUCACUAUGCAAAUGAAGGAGGAAUUUGAAUAAAUAAUCAAUAAUGCGUUCAGAAUUUUCUUGACCCCAAUAAAGAACUGGUCAGACUACAAUUGAGGUUCUGCUUGAAUAUUGAUUUGAGAUUUUUUAAUAAAAUUUUUUUUUUUACAGAUUUAUAUACUUAGUGCUGUAAAUAUAGUAUUUUUAAGUAAAAGUUAUGUUUGCAUCUAUCCUCUGCAGAAAUAUGCAUAUCCAGUAUAUAAUUCACAUUUUUGUUUAGAUGUAUAAGAGCUUGGGACUCUAAAUUAGUAUUUUAUAUACAAGCGAUGGAAAAAAAAUGUCACUGUCUUUAAGUUCUUGUUUUUUUUUUUUGUACUAGUAUAUAAAAAAAUCAUCUGGAGUUUUCAUUUGCUACAUCAAACCUCAAGUGUGCAAAAAAC